AUAAAGGGGUGCCCGCAGAUAGAUAGGCUAGUCAGAAGGUCAGAGGUGAACUGAUAGUAUAUGGUUCUUUCAUUUAUUGUGUCCUAUAUCAUAGAGGGAAUCACCCUGUUGUUUCCUGUUGUGUUAUCAAAGUCCUGUGUUUACUGAGAAAUAUAUAUUUGCGAGAAUGUUCCAGCAGUUGACUCAGAAUCUCAGAUUUUGGAGAUAUCUUGACUCGCAACAGAAGGAGCAGCAAUAACAGUUUGAAGCUAUAGCCAAAAAAAACCUCGACCAGAAGUUUUCAGGACAAAUAGUAGAUUGUGCUCGUCUCCAGCAAAAGUGUUGUUGCAUCGUCGAGGCUUAUCAAUAAGAAGCAUCGCACACGUGACUGCGGGCCAUUAGCUUUGAGCAGGAGCAGGUUGCAUGGCACCUCAAUCUACAACCUCAUCAUCAAAUUUCACCUCAAGCGCAGCGUUGCCUAUUCUCACAUCUCCUGGAGUCGCCCUCGUCGACUUGAGAAUAUGGGCUCUUUCUAGUCCCUGGCCUAAUAUUACAGUCUAGAAAAGCUCACAAUUAUGGCCGCCGAAUUCAUCGGGUACAAUGUGCUGGUAACCCUCCGGGCACCACCUGACGCUACAGUGCAAGGGGUGGUGGCGGAUGUUAUCGGCCAGCGCUUGAUGCUUCGAGAUGUCUCCCUUUCAUGGAUCGGAUACCCUCUCCCAACUUAUUCCAUCGAAGCCCCCGACAUCGCAGAUCUUUCCUUAAGACCAUCGGAUGCGACAAGCGCGCAGAUCCCCCCUACACCGCAAAGCGCAGCGCCCCAAUAUCCGAGAAACCCAGCACCGCAGCCCUUCGUUGACCCUGCCAUCCUGAGCUUUUCAAAAACUCCGAGCGAGGUCUACCCGGAUGUGCAACCUCAAGUGAGCUCGGUUGAUGGCUCAAGCGCCGGGAACUACCAGUUUCCUGCGUCGCAGAACACACUUCGUCGCACCCCUCAUGCAACGCCCGCUACUCUCUCCGAGCCGUUUAGUAAUCUGGAGCUGAACGUGGACGAUCGAUCAACUCAGCAACCCGACCUCGCGAAAGAACUUCAGGGAGCACCCGCCAGAGACGAAGAAACGCCUGUCCUCCAGGCGACUACCCGCCCUAACCCUACCCGUGGCCGGCGUGGAGGAAACAACAAGGGAGCGAACGCCUAUAACGAGCACAACGGGGCGCUCAAUACGAACCCUAAGACCAAAGGGUGGCGCCAAACUGCUUUCGUAGAACCUUCUAGCCCAAGCUUUAUGAAUUCUCCACAGUCGUAUAGGGAGCCCGGUACUUUGAACGGGCGACGGCGAAAGAAGAAGAACAGGGGCUAUACCGAACAGAUUAGUGGAUGGGCAACAGAAGACGCGACGGACAUCCAAGAGCUAGGCGAGUUUGAUUUUGAGAGCAACCUAUCGAAGUUUGACAAAAGGAGAGUGUUCGAGGAGAUCAGGAAUGAUGAUACCACAGCCGAUGAAGACCGCUUGGUUAGUUUCAAUAGGAGACCCAAGCCAGGAACGAACGGGGGCCGGAACUUGCAUUGGUCGGAGAAUGUCCUCGACAGCCCUGCGGAGAGCGAUAAUGGAGCCACCGACCAUGAACCGAGCGAUGCGAAGCUCAGCAGUGGAACAUUCUCCGGACGUGACGCAUCUAGACCAUCAGCACGCGGACAGGGCUCUCGGAAAGGAAGUGGGAUCUUUGGGCAACCUCUGGUCCCUACACAGGUCAACACCGUUGGCCGCAGCCAGCUGAGCAAUUCGCGCACAAACAGCCCGCUUCCAACAAAAGGUCCCGUCUCCGCCUCGCCAAUUACCGGGCCCGGCAUUCCAAGCGCUACAUUGCGGCUUGCCACUACGAACAGAAGCUGCCCGACUGUUAGCCCUCUGCAGAUUCUCGAAGUCGAACAGCUAGCUGUUGGGGAGGCUGGCCUUACUGAGGACAUAAUCGCUGAAAAUGCUGGAAGGAGUAUUGCUGAAGCUGCUGUCGGUCUGCUUUCCAACGAGGCAGCGGCGCCUACUAUUCUGGUAUUGACAGGCAAUCAUCGCACCGGAGCAAGGGCGAUCGCUUCCGCGCGCCAUCUGCGGAACAGAGGCCAUCGGGUUACCGUUUGCAUGCUGGGUAUUGAACACGAGCCAGAGUUGCUAGACAACUGUCGCAAACAACUUGAUAUUUUCAAGAAGAUUGGUGGCAGAUUCCUCAAGUGGGAGGAGCUUUCGACCCGGCUUUCGACUGCUGAGUUUGCACCAGACCUCGUCCUGGACGCCAUGUUUGGUAUCCAUAUCUCCUUCAACGACUUGCGGACGGAUGACCAGGCGACCGCGUAUGAGAUAAUAUCCUGGGUUAACCGAAGCAAUCUGGAUGUCCUGUCUGUUGACGUUCCGUCUGGUUUAUCCGCUAUGACUGGGGAAGUAACUUUAGUCGAAGGCGGGCAACUGCGCAUAAGCACAACAGCCGUAGUCUGCCUUGGAGCACCAAAGUCCGGAUUGGUCAAUGCCUUGAUUGCCGGGGAGGGAUCUUCAUGGAGCCUCUCUGUGGCAGAUAUCGGUAUUCCGCAAAUCACAUGGCGAAAGUACGGUACACGCCGACGGCAUGGAAUCGAUUUUGGAAAUCGAUGGGUUGUGCCCUUACGCUAUCAGCCUCCGCCUAUCUGAAGGAUGUGAACCAGUUGUGGGCCGGCUGUAUAAUGAUUAUACCAUGAACAAGCAUUGAGGCGUUCUGAUAGACAAAAAGGGUCGAGCUAUGACAUUAUUUUUAGCGGAGUGAAUGUUUCUUUAUAGCUUGUGCUCUGCUCUAGUUCCAAUGGAGUUUCUCUAGUAAUCUACAAAUCUCUGAGACUGACAUAUAUCUAAGCUUGUAGCGGGCGAUCGUUAUGGAUGCCCAUGCGAAAAGUGAG